UGGUGGGGAGUGUUUGCGCAAUCGCCAGAUGUUGCCCGUCUUUCAAUUACUCGUCGAGGACUUUACGACCAGUGACCAGACACCCCGGGACGGCGGGAUGGGCAUUCAAUAGAAGAAGCGUUUACGUCUUCUUCGAAGUGUUUUCUAGGCGCAAGCAUCGACGCACGUCUUUCUGGGCUGGACUCAAAUCGCUCCCUUAGCAUCAGCCACCAAACGACCAGCUGAUCCACCAUUACUGCGCCUUCGAUUAGGAAGCAGCAAGUGGUUGCUUAUUCGAGCCCAUUCGCCUUACCCGGCGUUCAUGAGGUUGCCGCUGCAGCAACUGUCGUCUUUGCUAUCUUCUUAAGCCAUAACCGCAGGUCGCAAGACACCCGCACAAGGCGUGCAUACGCAUACUCCGAGAACUACCGUCUUCUCGGACCUGAGAUCGCUAUGUUAGCCUUCAUGCCCGCACAUUCACCGCACCUCUCUAGCAUUCACGCGACCUCAGAUCCAUUCACGAGCGCGAUGUCAGUUACUAUCCUGCCUUCGUCGCCUAUGACCUGCAGCCAGGCUCCCGUGCCCGCGCUUCUUCCCAUGGCGACGGUGCCGUCGAAGAAACCGAAGCUCUCGCUCGAUACAACGAACACAUCACCUCUCCUAAGAGGGAAGGCAUCGACCAGUCUGCGACUGGAGACGCUCUCGGCGACGUCGCCAACAAUCCGCAACACUUUCCGUAACGGACCUGAUGCUGUGCGUUCUGCAAGACGUCCGGCGCUACGACCUGCCUUGACGCCUUUAACGACCAGUGUCCCUUCGGACCCCAUCAGGAAGCCGACGCCCAUACGCACAGAGGCACCUAACUCCGCCGAGUCUGCAGAUCUCUCGUCCUCAGCAAGCUCCGUUGCUUCAGUCUCAACGGUCGACUCUCUUGCAUCCGCUGUGCCGUACACAGUUGCUUUCAACUUGAACUCGAUCCUCUCGAACGGCCCGAUACCGCGAGCACCGAGACGUGUACAAUUGCGGCCAAUGUUUCCGCGGGCGAAGAAAGUGGCCUUUCGGGCGCCUUUGACCGAAGACAUCGAGACGAGCAAGUACACCUUGUCGCACUACGACGUUGCAUCGUCGAUGAUAACUCAUUCCACACCUGGAGUACCACCAUCGCAACACCGGGAAGACGAGGAUGUGCCGUUAGAAGAACCGCGCCACGAGGGCGUUGACGCCGUGGCCCACAUGACGUUAGAUGAGACCUCGCAUCUUAGUGCAAAUCCUGAAGCGCACGCCGAAGGUGAUGCAGAUGAGACUGUACCCAUACCAUGCACGCCAGUUGCUGGCAGGAACAAAAGAGAUCGCGAAUGGUGCUGGACCCUAGGUCCCGUAGACUCGUCCGUUUCCGCCAUCGAUCAGAGGCACGAGAGAGGCAUUGACGCUUGCGAGGCGGACGCCAAAAGCUGACGACAUGCCUUUGCUGCCGGAUCGUGUUACAUGAGUAGGUGUUAGGACGUGGUGCAAUUGCCGGUUUUGCAUGGCUUGCUUGGAGAUACCCCCAUUAGCGAUAGAUGAAUCCGUAGGAUAUGAGACAUGAUUGUCGUCAUCAGCACGUCGUGCCUUCCAUGUUGGCGUGCCAAGCUCAAUCAGCGUGUUUGAGCGAUCUUUCCAAGCCUCAGAUAUGCACAUUCCUGCGCUUUCUUCCGUG